AGCGCAGGUGCAGAGUUGGAGGAGGAGGAGGAGGGAGGAAGAAGCAGGAGAAGAAGAAGCCGGCAGGGGCCGGAGCGAGGCCCCGAGGGGUGCGGGAGUGACCUGGGGCCGGACCCCUGACCGCAGGCACCCUCCAUGCCAGCCUCCCAGCCCGACAGGCACCCCGGCCCCUGCCCGCCGGCCCUCGGCGCGGGCCCUGCGGCCGUGCCGGAGCGCAGCGAGACCCCGACCUGAGCUGGGCUCGGCGCCACGCCAGCGCGGGUGACAGAUCUCCAACAUCCCCGGAGGAUGGAAGAGAAAAGAAUGCUGUGUGACUUCUUUGAAGAGGAGAACCUUACCAGUCCCAGGGAGGAGAGCACUGAAGGUGAUGUGAAGACAUUUUGGACACAGCUGGGAGGUAGAAGAGUAGAUGUCAUAUUUGAGCAAGUGCAAAAUGUGCUGUCAGUGCUGAAGGAAAAGAUCAAGAAUGGAACUGCAACAAACCAAGAAUGCUGGCAGGCUUGGGCACUGGUGAAUGAGGCCAAUCUAGGUGAUCUCUUAACCUUGGCAAAUGUAAGCGAUGAGUUGAAUGGAGAUGGUACACAGGAAACCAAACCGAACCUGCAGCCUCUUCUUCCAGAUGUCAAUGCUGCAGACACUGUAGAAGCUUCUGACAGCGAAAAAGAAGACAUGGAAAGAACCUGCUCAGAGAGUAAAGAAGCAUCUAGCAAAAUUCAAGGUUUAUCUUUAAAUGUGCAAUAUCAGAACCACAAGUGCUCUAGUGCAUGUCUUGCCAACAGAGCAGCGGGCUCCUACAAGGGUGAAAAUCCUCUGAAGAUCCCAAUCCUGUUUGACUUUCAAAGACGCCAUGCAAAAGCAGAUUGCCUUUCGAAGCCCCUGGAUGUGAAUUACAAAGCUCCUUGCGGUCGGAGUCUGAGAAGCUUUCAAGAUGUACAAAAUUACUUGUUUGAAACAGAGUGCAAUUUCUUAUUUGUUGAUCACUUCUCCUUCAACACAUAUGUGCUGUUGGGCAGGAACACCAUGAAUCCCGAGCCCCUCGUGUUUGAGUUCGAUAUUAGCAACGGAGCAGAGUCUGUGCCUGUCUCCUUCUGUAACAGUCUUGACCAUGCAAGAUUGCCUUAUUUCAAGUAUCGGAAGUCAUCGUGGCCACGUGGAUAUUAUCUCAACAAUUUCUCCAGCCUGUUUGUUGAUUCCUGUGACUGCACAGAUGGCUGCAUUGAUAGGUCCAAAUGUGCAUGCCUACAGCUAACAGCAAGGGGCUGUAGUAAAAUUCCUCUGUCACCAAGUAGUAAAAGAUCCCGUGGAUACCGUUACAAAAGACUGGAGGGACCUGUUCCUAGUGGGAUUUACGAGUGUAGCGUACUGUGCAGGUGUGACAAGCUGAUGUGUCAGAACAGAGUUGUACAGCAUGGCAUUCAAGUCAGGCUGCAAGUGUUCAACACGGAGAAGAAGGGCUGGGGUGUCCGCUGCCUGGACGACAUCGACAAGGGGACAUUUGUUUGUACUUACUCAGGCAGAUUAAUGAGCAGAGCUGAAGUGUUGGGAGAUGCUGAGCAAGAGCUGAAGGAGAAAAGUGCAGUGAAUGACAGAGGCCAUGACUUUUCUUCCAGAAAAAGAAAACUUGACAUUGAUUGUUCAGACUCAGUGGUUGAACUAGUGCAGACUGACAAAAAUGACAUUCUCGAGAAUCAGGAAUCUUUGUCUCAGACUGUGGAUAAUGAAAAUAAAUCAAGCCUGGUUCAUCUAAAGAACUCAAGUAAUGCAGCUGUGGGAGGUCCUGGAACAAAAACACUUGUUUUUCACAAUCACCAGCUAAAAAUGGUGCACAGUGUCAGCUCAGAUGAAGAUGAUUGUUCUCAGAUUCAUCAGUCAAGCAAAACAAAACUAAUGAGUGGAACGAAGAAAGGAAAAGAAAAAUCCACCCAGAAGCAGAAGGAAGAACAUCUGAUGGAAGUUGGGCAGACUGACUCUGCUGGUGUACAGAGUGCAGGAUGCAAAAGAAAGAGUCUGUCACUGCAGAGUGUUCAUUGUCGCAAGUCCAGAGUGCCUGAUGACACAUGUAUUGUGAGACCAUCCAAUAAUACACCCCUAAAAGCUGACUGCAAAGGAAAUAGCAGGCAGCCAAAACAAGAUGCACUUUGUGAGGAGUCUGACGGUGAUGGGAUGCUUCCCAAGAAUGAUAAUGAAGGAAAUAUUUAUGUAUUGGAUGCCACAAAAGAAGGAAAUGUGGGUCGUUUUCUAAAUCACAGCUGCUGCCCAAAUCUCUUUGCACAAAGUGUGUUUGUAGAAACUCACAACAGAAGUUUUCCAUGGGUGGCAUUCUUCACAAACAGACAUGUGAAAGCUGGAACAGAACUCACAUGGGAUUAUGGUUAUGAAGCUGGAAGCAUGCCAGAGACAGAGAUUUCCUGUCACUGUGGAGUUCAGAAGUGCAGGAAAAAACGGGCACGCCUUCCCGCCGGCCGCGCGGGGGCAGCAGCCAAUCAGCGCCGCGCGGGCGGGCGGGGCGGAGAGCCGGCGGACGCCACCGCGCAUGCUCCGUGCUCCGGCCGGGCACGCUCACUUCCGCGCGGGACAGUUGAGGUUGGGGGAGGGGGCGGUGGGAGUCACGGCUGGCUCGGGCCGGGCCGCGCCGAGAGCCCGCGUUCUCCUGCUCCAGGUGCUUUCUGGAUAAUGGCGAAGAUGGUGAGAAGAAGAUGUGCAUUUUGUUCAGAAGGGGAGGCUGGCUCUGUGAUGUAUAUCGCCACAGAGAGAGAUAUUGCAGCUCAUCAGGAUUGUCUGUUAUUUUCCUCAGGAUUUGUGGAAUCUGAAGAUCAGAACCCAGAAAAUCUGGAAAUAAGGUUUGAUGUGUCAUCGGUGUUAAAAGAGCUCAGGAGAGGAAAGCGGCUGGUGUGCAACUUCUGCCGCAAGAAGGGGGCCACGGUGGGCUGUGAGGAGCGCACGUGCCGCAGGAGCUACCACUUCUUCUGCGCGCUCUGCGAUGACGCAGCCGUGGAGACCGACCAGGUCAACGGCAUCUACCGAGUGUUCUGCCCAAAACAUGACCCAGGGAAUAGGACCAAUCACUAUGAUGCAGCAAAUAAGAAAAGAAGACGUACAUUGACACCUCCCACCAUCACAGAAGAAAUGAGUACAGAAGAGACAGCAGAAGAAAACCAUUUACGAAUACUAAAACGAAAGAACAACAGGCAUAAAGUUCGAAUAGACUUUGUUAGGAAAUGCAAACAAGCUGGGCUUCUGGAUGACAUAUUUGAAGAAAUGCUGGACACACUUCACCUGGCUCAGGAAAAACUGAUGGAUGACAACACUUCAGAAACAGAGUAUGAAGAGACAGUGAUGGCACUGUUUGACUGUGGACUGUUUGAAAAUAUACUGACAAAUAUUCAUUCAGGAACAGAAGAAAAAAUCCAGAAACUUCUGGAAAACAGAAAAAGACUGGAUCACAAGAUUGAGCUACUGCAGGAUGUAAAAGAAGUCAUCCUUCCUACUCCAGAGAACACGGCCAGUACAUCAAGUACGAUGUCUGAAUAACCCCUGUCUGUGAUGGUGCAAGAGUUAAGAUUUUCUAAUGAUAAAAACCAUAGAGCAGUCAGGUCAGUGCCCAAUUCCCCAGCUGCAAGCAGGGGCUGAAUGGGUGCAAGAAUGAAGUGUUAUUUUUAUACCUCACUGUUGCAAUAAUUUCAAGUUCUUCAAGUGUUCAAAUCUUCAUCUUCAAAUUUUUCCCUGAUUUCACUAUAAAUUUUCAUUUGUAUUCCACAAUGGAAUAUAAAUGAAUGUUUUAAAGUAAAUUUAGCUUUUACAAAAACUCAAGAGAACCCUCCAGUAAAGACCUUUUUCUCAAAGCCAAGGCAGUGUUCAGCUGCCACAGAACACUUUCUAAAGUCACUUUAACUGUGGGAGCCGUUUCUUGGCUGGGCUCUAGCCCAUGAUGUUUGAAGGACCAUAAUGCUGCUUUGGCUUUCCCAAAAGAUAUAAAUGAGCAGAACUUGCACUCAAGGAAGCCUUCUGGAUUAUAAACAGGAGUUUAAUUUUAAAAGCCCAGUUUUUCUUUAUUGACUGGUCAAGGUGUAGCUGUUUCUGCUGUAAUGGCAGUGGUAAAGCAAUGUUUGCAGGCAGACUAGAGAGGGUAGGGCGUUAGACUCAGAAAACCUACAAUGUAAAAUUGAGAAAAACAGUGACUGGAUCUUCCUUUCACUGUUAAGAAAGGGUUCAACUUUCAUAUAUUGUUUGAAUACAGCAUUGUUUAGCCACAACAGACUAAGUAUAUAAAAUAAAACAUUUUUUAAAGGA